AUGGAAAUUUCAUUCACCAAGUACAAACCAGGAGAGGCCAUUCCAUUCUUCCAUGAUCAUAAGAAGCACGAAGAAGUUUACAUUGUCAUCACAGGAUCUGGUGAGAUGCAACUUGAUGAAACAAUCAUCCCGAUGAAGGAAGGAACAUCCAUCAGAGUUGCUCCAGGUGUUUCCAGGAACUUGAAGAACACAGGCAAUACAGAUAUGAUUGUCAUGUGUGCUCAAGCAGAAGCUGACUCUCUUAAGUCUCCAACAUCAGGUGACUACCUUAUCACAAAGACAGAACUAAAGUUCACAAAGUAA